AUGGUGAUAGCCAUAAAAGCAGUUUAUGUGUUUGUUAAACCAAUAGCAAAUUUAUCAAAAGGUCAAUGCACUUGGAGCCACAGAUCUGCGCUGUUCGAAAUGGACGCUUUGGCCAAAGUCAAUCGUAUAAAUCUAGUCUCAUCACUUUCCCCAAAUGUAUUCCGUUUUACGCAAAACGGUCGAAGAUGUCUUUUUAUCAGAAAGUUGUCGGAUGAGUUUAUAAUAGAAGAUCUUCAAGAUAAUGAUGAGAUAAAUGUUAUCGUAAUCACAAAUUGCCACAUUGACACUCCAAAACUCUCAAUGAAGACACUGGAAAGCCUAGAAAUAUUAUUUAUUACCGAAUGUCGGAUGGAAUUCUUGCCUUUGGUUGAGAAUCUUUCGAAUUUAACAUACUUGGACCUCUCCUUUAACUCUUUAUCAUAUUUUCCCAGCGACAUAGGUUCACUGCGAAAGCUUAAGGUGCUUAAAUUGUCUGGCAAUCGGAUUACCAACAUUCCGUCUGAAAUAGUCUAUCUUGAGUUCCUACAAGUGCUUGACUUAAGUCAUAAUAUGAUAUCCCACCUUCCAAGAAAACUUUUUUCCCUUCGCAGUCUUAUCCAUUUUGAUUGCAGUUCAAACACAUUAUUUAGACUUCCUGAUAAUAUUUCAGAACUCCUUUACUUGGAGGCGCUCUUUUUAUCCGGAAAUGUGCUUACCACUCUCCCUACUAACUUUUCCUUGCUAAAACGGUUACAACGCCUAAACUUAAGCGGCAACCGUUUCGAGUAUAUUCCAUUUUGCAUUUUUCAAUGCUUCUCUUUAAAAGAACUGUUGUUUUCUUAUAACCAAGCAUCAGGCUUCAUACCUGACAAUCUUUGCCGACUAGGCGAUCUGGAGAUUUUAUCCCUGGCAUUCAACAAAUUUACAAAGUUGCCUGGAAAACUAUCGAGCCUUUCAAAGCUAGAAUUUUUCGACAUAAAGGGCAACAACAUUGGGCGCAUUCCAGAGGAAAUAUUUAGUAAAUGCAAGAAUCUAAGGCAUGUAAAUUGUGGGUCCUGUGAACUGAUAGAAGUCCCACCUAGUUUGGGACUAUGCACAAACUUGCGUGUGCUUGAUCUUUCAGGCAAUAUGCUUAAAAAAUUGCCCUCUGAGGGCAAAGCUUUAAAGAAUCUUAUUUCCCUCUUUUUAAAGAACAAUAAGAUCUCUGUGCUGCCACAAUGGGUUUGUGAUUUGGAGCACGUGAUUACUAUUAAUGUGUGCAAAAACCUCCUACAAGACUUUCCAAAUGGCUUCUCGAGCGUGGCAGAAAGGCUUCGCAUGAUUAAUAUAUCAUACAAUGAAUUUGAAGUUGCUCCUUCCUGUUUGUUUUCGACUAACUCCAAACUUACCUACUUCCUCAUGGACCACAAUCCUGUCCUACAAAUUCCACCUGAGAUAUGUAAUUUAAAGCUUUUAACCCACCUUUCAAUUUCGCACUGUCCCUACAUCUUUGAGUUACCCGAUGAAUUAGGCGGCUUGCUUAAGUUGCGCACCCUCAGGCUUUGUGCUAACAGCCUCUUGAAACUGCCACGGACAAUGCAUCGCCUUGAAAACCUUAACUAUCUUGAUUUAUCUGACAACAAGUUUUCAUGCUUUCCCAUUGUCGUUUGUUACAUACCGCAUCUAAAAGUUCUGCUCUACAACAAUUGCUGUCAUGCGUGCACCUAUUUGGAGCCUGAUCCACCUGGAUGGUUUGAUAGAACGGACCUUAUAGAUCCGGAUGCAUCAAUGGAGAAACUGGGCAAAGAUUACAUUGACGAAGUAGAAUCGUUCGCGGCAGAAGAUGAGAGACCGCCCACCUUGGAGGAAGCUCUGGAAUUUGAGAAAGAGGCUGCAAAAAUUCCCAGAAUAAAACACGACGAAAUUUCAAAUCUUGUCUUUAAACGUAAACCCCACAAGAUUCCCAGGCACAUCUAUUGUUUAAAAUUUUUGGUGCAUCUUUCCCUACAAAACAAUGGUCUCUAUUUUCUGCCUAAUGUAUUUAACAGAUUUAAGUACUUAAAGCGCAUCUACUUGAAUGACAAUAAUCUAAGAAAAAUUCCCUCAUCUAUUGCUGCCUGCAAAACGCUGACUGAUAUUGACUUGAGAAAUAACAAACUGUCGGAGAUCCACGGUGAACUGCAUAGGCUUCCCAACCUUAAAAACCUCGAAUUAGACGGGAACAACUUUCCACUGUGCCUGCGUGAAGUCAUUAAGCAUUCCGAUUUGAAGGGCCUGUGUGCUUACCUCGACGCAUUAAACCAGAAUAGGGACUUCAUUCUGCGUAGGAUGUGCGAGAGGUUUAUCGGGCUUGUGAGCCAAGACGACUGGGCACAGAUCCUACAACGCCUUGGAGUGUCCGAGGACACCCUCGAACACAUUGAAGAUGAGCUCCCUGGCGGCUAUAACUUCCGCCGACGUGUGACUCGGGCCCUUGAGUACUGGAGUAGGAUGGAUCUCUCUACCAGAGCCACCAAUUUUGAAAUACAGUCACCAGGAGCUUUAAACACGGAGGCAUUAACCACUAGCGCCGCUGCCAUCGUCAAUACCACCGCUACCACUAACACAACACCAAGUUUUGAAGAUGAAGAAAAUCUCUCAGAGGAACGCAGUCAAGCACCGGCUCCCGAGCCUUCGACGAUGCUCGUAGGCACAGAGGCGGAAAUCUCGAUAUUGCAGCCAAUCACGCUGACUUUUACGCCCCUGGUGUCGGGACCAAAAGCUACACCGGCUAGGCUCAUUCACGUUCUCAAGCUCCUUGAUAAGAAGGAAUUAGUAAAUGCGAUGACAGAAAUUGUGGAGAAGCUUCAUGUUCAUCAAAUCUGA